AUGGACCAUCCUCACCUAUAUACACCAGAGCCCAUUAAGGUUGCUUACGGAAGAGUUGGCCGGUACCGAAGAUUUCAGCAACCCAGAAAGAGAAAUGACUCAUUCAAAAGGAAAGGGAUUGAAAGACGGCAUAGAGCUGUGUCUACCAACUUAGUAAAACAAAAUGUAUUGGUCCCCAAAGAGGAAUCAUCCAAUGAGAGUGACAUGGACUUUCAUGAAAGCCAGCAAAAUCAGAAAAGAGAUUUGGUCAAGAAAGUGAAGACUUUUUGGGGGAGGAUGCUGUCACACAAGUACAGAAGCAAGCCAGCAAGUGUCAGCAGAGAGGGCUCCACUAACCCUAAGGAAACCCUCCUUUCAAAUACGCAGAGCCUUCUUCCUAGAAUUGUCAAGGAGCUUCCAUCGCCCAAGUUGUUUACCAAACCAAGAAUGAGAAAGCUCUCACAGGAUGCAACUAUACAACUUGAUGUUGUAAAAGCAGAGACAGAGGAGAUAACCCAAGGAAGUACACUCCUCCGAGCCAGGAGAACCACCAAGCGGUUAUCUGUGACAUCCCUUCCCUCAGGACUGCAGAAGCCCUAUAAGGUAGAAAGCAAACCAGACAAUCUCAUUUCUCUGCACCCUAUAGAUCUCUUCAAAGCGAGCUCUGGGCACAAAGGAGAUACAUGGGGGGUGGAGAAUAAUAUGAAUACGACCUCCAACUCGACGUUGUUAUGUGGCAAAUGUUCAGUUUAUAAGAGAAUGUCCCAAAGGUUCCGUAUUCCUCAAGAAAGAGACCACUUUCCAGCAUUUUAAAAAAAGAAACAUAGCACGGAAAUCAUCCUCCGAAAAUCAGAUUUGACGGUAGGAAAGCUUCAAAUGCAGGUGGAUGACCUCAUAGAAGCAGUGACAGAUAAAUCCAUGAAGCUAUUGGCCCAAAGACACGCUGAGCUUCAACAGUGUGAGCUUCUAGGGGAUGAAAUCCUUCAGUCUUCCAAGCAGUUCCAGAGGCUCUCCAAGAGAACCAUGAGCAAGUAUAAAUUGAAAAAUGUGUGUUUCCCAUGUACCUGGUGCUGCUUCUGA